AAAAGUUUCCUUUUUGCAAUUUACUUUAUUUUCUGAGUUUCCCUUGUCUGACAUCUGACUAGGAAACUCACGGUGCAUGCAUAUAUUCCCCAAUACUGCACCCGGGCAUCUUGCGUUCCUUGUCAUGAUCAUAUAAAAGUCAGUAAUGCGAUAAUCCCCGGGCUGUACAAAAUGGACUGACAGAUCCCAAUAGCGAUAUUGUCAUCAUACUCCAAUGUGUGAAAGUGCCCCAAAGUCUACAAAAAGUUGUAAACAAUGUAUUAAGUAUAUUUAAAUGUACGUUCUGGCCCUAAAUUAGUGCAAGAUGAAACGUUCGCAGAUUAAAAACGAAUACGCUGAAGAAGACCCUUGUUUAGAGGAAAAUGUGGAAAAUGGAGAAGAAAUGCCAAUUAUCAGCGUAGUUGUAAACCCUGAUAGCCCGCAAAAUAUCAAUGCACUGUCCUCCAAUGUACCCCUAUUUAUUAAGAAGCUCUGGAUAAUAGUGAAUGAUGAGAGCAAUAAGGAGAUUAUCAGUUGGAAUAGCAGUGGAGACGGUUUUGAGAUGCAUGACCAGUUGGGUUUUAUUUCGCAAACACUUCCCAAAUAUUUUAAACACAACCAGUUGUCCAGUUUCGUAAGGCAAUUGAAUUUGUACGGUUUUCAUAAAAGUCAAUCCAUCGAAAGGGACGAAUUUCAGUUUACACAUCCGUUCUUUCUGAAGGAUGUACCACAGCUUUUGCCACUGAUCAAGAGGAAAGUACCUUCAGGACGAUCGCAGUCAACUAAACCCACACCAAACGAAAACUCUCCUCAUGCGCCCAUUGUUCAGGAACUAGUUGGAACUAUUAAGAAUAUUACAGACAAAAGUGAUGCCAUUGCAACAGACAUGUCCAAGUUGAGACAAGAAAAUGCCGCUCUGUGGAGAGAAAUGAACACUCUAAGACUAAAAUAUUCCAAGCAAACGAAAAUCAUCAACAAACUAAUUCAUUUCCUGAUAGCGUACAUGCAAAAACAUCACAAUUCAAGGAAGGGUGGCCGAACAGUCAGUCCUGCAAACUCUAAUAAAUUUUUGAAAACUGGUCCUAAAAUAAUGGAGCUGGAUUAUCGGUACAAGAAUAAUCCGCAUGAAUUUUGGACUGAUUUCGAUAAUGAACAGAGUGCACCUGAUCAUGAAAAUUAUACGGUGGUAGAACCUGCUGAUAGUCCCUCCAGUCAAUGUGGUCAGGCGAGUGAAAUUGCUAAAUCUCACAAUAUGCGAGUAUCUUCCACCAUCGAUGAACUUCUGCCCAACUCGAAUACAUACGAUCCUAUGGCGGGAGCAUCCAACUCACCGCUACCACAAUUUGAUUACAAAUCCAGCUUGCCGUCAUCAAGUAAAGCGUCUAACUCGGCCUUACAAAGAGCUGGAGGAAGUAAAGAUAAUUUGGGAUAUCUCAUUGAUAAUUCCCGGGUGGAAAUGAGCACGAUUAAGGAAUUAAUCAAAAACCUGACACCAGAUGAUAUGACCACAUUUUAUAAAUUGGUUAAUGAGAAUUGCAAAGCUCAAGAAGAAGACUUGAAUUUCGAUGUGGCAAGUGAUCUGAUGUCUUCACUGGCCGUGCCGGAAGUUGAUAACAAUAUAUCGCAGAGCGAUUUGGAAAACUUAGAGAAGAUGAUUCAGAAUCAAAUUGGGAAUACUGAAGCUUUAUCACAACCAUUAUCUUCCAAUGAUACCAUACAAGCUGACACGAUUAACUCUGCAUUGGCUGAUCCUUCCAGUUCUGUUCAGAAAAGCGACGAUCCUGGACUACCUUCCAUAGAUGAUGGCGCAUUAGGAUUAAUCGGUUUAGAUGAUGAUCUAUUCAAUACAGAUGAUAUUUUGACCAAUGUUUCAGUUGAUCAGUUCUUCAAUAUGAACUAACUAACUAACUAACUGUGUUACACUUAUAGGCUUAAAAGGGUAUAAGAUCUUUUUAUGCAAUAAGUAUCAAAUUAACUGUGAAACGUGGUGACCUUCUGACUCUGGAAGAAGUUGUGUGAUGAACUUUGUACGAGAAACUCAUAAUUUUUUAAGCAAUUUUAGACAUUGACUUGUCCGAUAGUGUCUUACGGUUCGAUUUGUUAAGGUAAUAAGCGGCUUAGCAACUUGUGAAGUUUAACUGGACUCCUAAAGUUGCAACGAGCGGAUCUGGGCAUUUCUAUUCAGUAAUUAUAGUCUUCAUUCUCCCCUCGGGAUUAAUAAUAAUGUCAAAACUGAUCCCACUCUCGCUGUACUUGGAAUAGCUUUAUUAUAUCGAUUGAGCGAAAGUGGACUACUUAGAGAUUAUUAGCUUCAGGGAGCAUAUCAGAGAUACGCAUAUUACGUCUGUAAUGUUUCGAACAUACACAAGUUUUGUCAGUGUCGAUAUAUUAAAUUUAUUACGAUUUAUUUUGUACAUCACGUUAUAUACGUAUAAUUUGAAUAACGAAUAAAUGUAUUUGUUUCA